CCCAAGUAUAACAACCAGUCAUGAACCCCCUUAAUCACAUUCCCAAAACUCAAGUCCCAGUAUCUAAUAGUGACUACUACUUAGUAUACCAUACUAAGUGGAGUAUUCUCCGGACUACGCAUCCCCGAAAGAUGACUCGCGCCACGAAAGCUCAGACCAUCCACACUAAAAACCAAGCUUGCAUGUAUGUAUGUCUGGUUUCCUUGAUGCAGUUGCGUACUAGCCUAGCAGUAGCUACCUAUCUAGCAGAAUAGCUCUGCAAGAGCA